CUAUUUCCACUUGGACUUCUCCAAUAAAACUAUCAUGCAGUCUGGCAUUUCAAAGGUACUCAACCAUAAGAUAUUAUCAUAAGAAACUAGAAGGAACAGCCUGCGACCGAGACCAGCAGUGCGGAGGAGGGAUGUGCUGUGCGGUUAGCCUCUGGAUCCGCAGCCUGCGAAUGUGCACACCGAUGGGAAAUUUGGGAGAGGAGUGCCAUCCUUUGAGUCACCGAGUUCCCUUCUCCGGGCGGCGGAUGCACCACACCUGCCCGUGUCUCCCCAGCCUGGCCUGUGUACGGACUUCUCCCAGCAAAUUCAAAUGUUUACCGGACUUCAGAAAAGAAGAUGUCUUUUUUUAG